AUGGACAGAGCGAACCACAGAAAGAGGGGCCAGAUGGGCAACACUGGAGCUACAGACUCAAGUACAAGCGGGAUCACCAGUAACGGUCGCAACUCGCCAGCUAUACGACCAAGUGCAUCAUAUCUUCCCAAUGCACCUGGUCACAGAUCAACAGCAUCGUCAUCAUCACUCAGCACCAGCAUGUCAUCAUUUGCAGGGCCACCAUCAAAUAUCCCCGUAGCCACAGGCUCUUCGCGGCUACCUCAGCAACAACAACAACAACAACAGUCGCUUCAAAAACUGCCAUAUUUGCAACACCGAUCAAACUUUCAGCCCUUUGAUCCAUCCUUGCAAUUAACACCGACAACUAGGAGUCCAAUACAAGGGUCAAUGUCACCAUCAACAACAGCAAUACCUUUUAACCCUUCAUCUACAUUGCCCAUGUCUGCAAAUGCAAUGAACAUGUCUAAUAUGCCGAACCCAAAAGCAUACACAGCAAGGAACGUUGCACCAAUGACCCCUAAUGUUGGUGUAUCACCAGUUGAGCGCAGUUCAUACUAUUUCAGUGAAAAUCCGUUAUUUGCAUGUGACUGGACAACAAUAAAUAAUAAUUCGUUGGAUUGUAUAGCAUUGGGGUCAUACAAAGAAGGGUUUGUUAACAAGUUGGAGAUUGUAUACGGGAGAGGUUAUGAGUAUGAAUACACUCCACCAGUGGUGGACAUGUACGGUAAUCCAUGCUCUGGGUACCAAGACAACUUGGAUGGAAGUGAUGAGGGCGGAUUCAUGUUUGAAAAAGUUGCCGAUACUAGUUUAAACUACCCCGUUACCCAUGUUAAAUGGGACCCAGCAUUAUUGCAAGGUGGUGGUGGUGUUAAUGGUGGUAUACAUCCAUUCCAACGAUUAGCUGCUUCAAGUGAUGUGUUGAGAUUAUAUAAAGUUUCCGACAUGGGAGACUCGGGGUAUAAUUUAGUGCAAACUCACGUUUUGGCCAACAAUGCAACAAGCACAGGGAGCAGUGCAGUGGCUGCUGAUGGCAAGGACAAAAUCAACACGUCACCACCAGUUACGUCGUUUGAUUGGAAUUCCACUGAUACCAAUCUACUCAUCACAUCCAGCGUUGAUACUACAUGCACAGUGUGGGAUCUAAAUCGAUCUCAUCCUCAUGAUGAUUUUGCUGAAUCUGCCACUAUAAAGACCCAGUUGAUUGCUCAUGACUCAGAAGUGUUUGAUGUGAAGUUUAUUCACAAGUCAACCAAUGUAUUUGCAUCAGUGGGGAAUGACGGUUCGAUGCGUGUAUUUGAUCUACGAUCCUUGGAACAUUCAACUAUUAUUUAUGAACCUCCACCAUCGCCAUCUCCACCAACAAGGAGACAUGCAUCGUUAGGCUCUGGACCUGCAUCUGGACCUGGACCUGUAUUGGCAUCUUCAUCCUCAUCCUCUGCACAACUUCCAACCCCUGCUCAUUCAGCGAACUACAAUUCAAAAGCAUUACUUCGUUUAUCUACUUCAAACAUUGACCAACAUCAUCUCGCUACAUUUGGUGUCAACUCCAGUCAAAUUAUAAUCAUUGAUAUGCGCAUGCCGGGACUUCCAAUGGCAACCAUUGAUGCCGCAGCAACAUCAGCUGUUGCUUCAUCAAUCAAUCUGAUUCAAUGGCAUCCAACAUCCAAUUAUUUACUUAGUGGUGGUGAUGAUUGUCAAGCUUUGGUGUGGGACUUGAAUAAUUUGGGAGCAACUGGAUCAAAUUUCAGUUCAAGCACCAGUUUAUCCAAUGGCAAUGGUGGUACUAAUGGGCAUACCACAGAUUCAAGUGGUUCGGGUGGUGGUGGUGGUGUUAAGAACAACAUUAGUAAUGGAGGUAUCAUGGAUGCGCCAGUUUUAGCAUACGAUGAAGAUUUGGAAGUAAACGGUGUUUGCUGGAGACAAAACUCUGGUGAUUACAUGGGUGUUGUCAGUGGUAAAGGAUUUCAAGCUGUUCUGAUUUAG